AUGAAGGAAAAUGAAAAGGAUGUUCAAGUGGCCCAUUUCACAGUUGACAACCAGGACAUCUCCCUCUGGCCCCGAGACCCUCCUCCAAAGAAGGAGUCACCUACAGCUCCAAGGACCUUGCCCCCUGUCUAUGUGGCUAUUAUUCUAUUGACAUUGGGUCUGGCUGCCUGUCUCCUGGCCAUGACCAUUCUCUAUUCCCAGUUACUGGGAAGGGUAGAUGAUGUCAAGACCUCUGUUGAUAUGCUCAAAGGCCGUACAGAAAAUGGCAGCAUCUCUCUCAAUUCUGAGAUCAGGAAUCUUAAAAUCAAGUUGGAGGAUUCCGGCACCCAGGUCAAGAUGCUAAAUCGCAGCCUGAGGCAUUCAAAUGUUCAACAGAGUCUGUUUAAUUCUAUGUUGGUGCAGCAAACUGGGCAGCUUCAGGAAUUAAUGAGCAACUGGAAAGAACUUCAGGAUUUAAAUGCCCAGAUUCCAAAACUGAAACAGGAUUUGAAGAAAACUGGAGAACUAAAUGCUAAGAUGGAGCAGCUGAGGAAAGAUCUGAAGACCCUGAGUGCAUCAUUGUCUCAGCAGCGUUACAUCCUGGAGAUGGCCGCUCAAGACUGGAAAUACUUUGAAGGGAACUUUUACUUUGUUUCUACUGUGAAAAAGUCUUGGUACAGUGCCGAGCAGCUCUGUACCACUCGAAAGUCUCAUCUGACUUCAGUGACUUCAGCAAAAGAACAGGAGUUUCUUUAUGGGGUAGCCAAAGGAGCUCCUCAUUGGAUUGGCCUGACAAAAGUAGGAUCUCCUGGCACCUGGCAGUGGGUGGAUGAAACCCCAUACAACGAGAGGGAGAAUGCUCGGUUCUGGAUAGAGGGGGAACCCAAUGACCGUGGUGAAAAUGAACGCUGUGUAACUAUAGAGAAGUCAAAUUUAAUGUCCUGGAAUGAUGUACCCUGUGACCGUGUACUCCAGUUCAUUUGUAAGAAGGACUCAAAGUCAUUGGGCAUGGAACAUGAUGGAAGUCCACUUCAUCCUUUCAGCUCUUCUCAAACUCAACAUAAGGAUGAUGUCCAUCCCUUCAAUAGCCACAGGGGAUUUUCUCCUUAG